CCAUUUCGUGACAAUUAUGCAAAAAUAAUAUUUUAAUUACUAUAAUAUUUACAUACUCCCAUUCGAGAAAAAAAAUGAACCCAAGAAAGAGGGGCUUAUAAAGGAAUAAAACUAAAGAAAAAUUAAAAGGAAAAAGAGAGUUUCCUCGUGAUCUGUGAAAAACCAGAGUCUUACGUGAAAACCCAGAUUGCCUUAAAGCCCUUUAAAAGCCUUUUUCUUCCAUCUUCUUUUUCGUCGUUGAACAACACUGAUUAAAAGUUUACAUUCCUUAAAAAGAACCUUUUUUUUUUUGGAGUAGAAAGAACAUAAAGAGAGAGGAUUUUGGGGGGAAAUAAUGUUUUGAUAUGUUUUCUUUUCUGGGAAAUUUGUUUCCUUCAGCUUUUUUAUGAAGAAAAAGCUUCAUUCAGAGUUCUUUAGGUGAUUACGCGUUCAACUUUUGCGUCUACGUUCUGUGUGGCUUGGAUGAAAGAAGCACCGUUUACAAUGCAAAGAUUUCAUAUCAAUUUUAAAUUGACGGUUCACCUUGUUUCCUGUUUCUUAGUCUUCUGUGAGCUUGUUUGUUCUAUUUCAAUCAUCUUUGAAGACUGUAAAGUUUUUAACUUAGAGGAGAACAAUCUGAAAAUUAAAAGAAGCAUAAACUCUUUAGGCGACUUGCUUAGCUUGGAAGCAACAGCUGAUAUGGUUUAGCUUAAUCCCUUAUAGAUAUUUACAUUAAUUUGUAGGAGACCCUCGGGGUUAAUUUUUGCAUAGAUUUUCAAAUUGGUGAGACAAACAGGAGAACUGAUAAACUGAGGUUUAUGAUAAGAUCUUCAUAUCGUACUACUACUGAUCAUGGCCUCGAAUACAUCUGGGAAUAAACUGAUUUAUUCAUUUUUCGCUGCUGAAAAAUCGUAGUAAAUAUUAUUCACCUUUCUAGUGUGAAAAUGAUCUUAAUUGAAAUGAUCUUAUAUGUAAAUGAAAAUUAUCUUAUUUCAAGCAAUCAACAUGUGAAGAUCUUAAUUUGUUUUUUGUGAUCUAAUUAUAUUAUUGACUGCUGAAAUGACAGGGUUGAGUUGCCAUAACCAAAAGCUGUUUAUACAAUGGGGAAAUAUUUAUGACAAAAAUGGAUCCUCAGGCUUUCAUCAGGUUGUCAAUAGGCUCUUUGGGUCUGAGGAUUCCUGGAUCAGCCCUGAGAUCUUCGAAAACUGGAAUCCGUGCAUUCUCUUCACCAUGUUCAUGGUGGAAGGGUUCGCAUUGUGGUGUUGGAGUCAAGAGACAGCAGAUUGGGACAUUCAAGUUGGAGGUGGGUCCUGAAUGGGGUCAAGGGAAGCCGGUGAUUCUUUUCAAUGGAUGGAUUGGCAUCGGCAAAAACAAGCAUGAGAGCGGAAAACCAGGAGCUGAACUUCAUUUGAGAGUACAACUCGAUCCUGAUCCAAGAUACGUGUUUCAGUUUGAAGAUGUGACCAUGCUGAGUCCUCAGAUAGUACAGCUUCGAGGUUCCAUCAAGCAACCAAUUUUUAGUUGCGAAUUUAGUCGAGACAGGGUAGCAAAGGUGGACCCAUUAGGCACUUAUUGGACAGGUUCAGCUGACAGUUCAGAUAUAGAGACGGAGAGAAGAGAAAGGAAAGGAUGGAAGGUGAAGAUACACGAUCUCUCUGGCUCGGCUGUUGCGGCAGCCUUCAUAACCACUCCUUUUGUUCCAUCAACAGGUUGUGAUUGGGUUGCCAAGUCCAACCCAGGAGCUUGGUUGAUUGUUCGUCCUGAUAUUUGCAGGCCAGAGAGUUGGCUGCCUUGGGGAAAGCUUGAGGCGUGGCGUGAGCGUGGCAUCAGAGACUCUAUUUGCUGCCGGUUUCACUUGCUGUCCGAAGCCCAAGAUGGAGCUGAGGUUCUCAUGUCCGAGAUACUCAUUAGUGCCGAAAAGGGUGGGGAAUUUUUCAUCGAUACUGACCGACAAAUGCGGCAGGGACCAACUCCAAUACCCAGUCCGCAAAGCAGUGGAGACUUUUCAGCAUUAAGCCCAAUUGCCGGUGGUUUCGUAAUGAGCUGCAGAGUCCAAGGGGAAGGUAAGAGUAGCAAGCCAUUAGUGCAGCUAGCUAUGCGGCAUGUGACUUGUGUGGAGGAUGCUGCCAUUUUCAUGGCACUUGCAGCAGCUGUUGACCUGAGCAUUGAGGCAUGCAAGCCUUUCCGAAGAAAGAUAAGGAUAGGGUCCCGCCAUUCUUUAUGAAAAAAAAAAAAAAAAUUAAGGUGAUGUAUUUCCAUGAACAAAGAAUGGCUCUAUAUUUGUGUUGAUUUGUGUAACAUUUGGCAGUGUGUAUAGAUCUUGUGGUUGAUAAAUUCCUAGCUUUCAGACAACCAAA